AUGAGCCUCAGCGAGGAACGUGUGCAGAAAUUCCUCGACGAGAACCCCGGCUUCACGGACCAGUACUUUGGGAAGAAGCUGAGCCCCGAGCAUGCGGCGGCGGCCGGGGCAGAGGGGAGCCUGGCGGGCGGCUCCAGCUUCCGGGAGCUGUGCCAGCUGGAGGAGAGCAAGGCCCUCUUUGAACUCGUGCAGGACAUGCAGGAGAGCGUCAACAUGGAGCGCGUGGUGUUCAAGACCCUGCGGCGCCUGAGUGCCCUCCUGCACGCCGACCGCUGCAGCCUCUUCAUGUACCGGCAGCGCAAUGGCGCGGCCGAGCUGGCCACACGGCUCUUCAGUGUGCAGCCCGGGCGCGCCCUGGAGGAGUGCCUGGUGCCCCCCGACGCGGAGAUCGUCUUCCCGCUGGACAUCGGCAUCGUCGGGCACGUGGCGCAAACCAAGAAAAUGGUGAACGUCAAGGACGUGGCCGAGUGCCCCCACUUCAGCCCGUUUGCCGACGAGCUCACUGGGUUCGUGACGAGGAGCAUCUUGGCCAUGCCCGUCAUGAACGGCAAGGACGUCGUGGCGGUGAUCAUGGCUGUCAACAAGCUCGGCGGCCUGGGCUUCACGGGCGACGACGAAGACGUCUUCUUGAAGUACCUGAAUUUUGCCACCUUAAACCUGAAGAUCUAUCACCUGAGUUACCUCCACAGCUGCGAGACACGCCGAGGCCAGGUGCUGCUGUGGUCGGCCAACAAGGUGUUUGAGGAGCUAACAGACAUCGAGCGGCAGUUCCACAAGGCCUUGUACACGGUGCGUGCCUACCUGCACUGCGAGCGGUACUCCGUGGGCCUCCUGGACAUGAGCAAGGAGAAGGAGUUCUUUGACGUGUGGCCAGUGCUGAUGGGGGAGGCCCAGCCGUACUCGGGUCCACGCACGCCCGACGGCCGGGAAAUCCUCUUCUACAAAGUCAUUGACUACAUCCUCCACGGCAAGGAAGAGAUCAAGGUCAUUCCCACCCCCACAGCCGACCACUGGGCCCUGGCCAGCGGCCUCCCAACCUACGUGGCGGAAAGUGGCUUUAUCUGCAAUAUUAUGAAUGCCCCUGCUGAUGAAAUGUUUAAAUUUCAGGAGGGACCCCUUGAUGACUCAGGGUGGAUCAUCAAGAACGUCCUCUCCAUGCCCAUCGUCAACAAAAAGGAGGAGAUUGUGGGGGUUGCAACGUUUUACAACAGGAAAGAUGGGAAGCCCUUUGAUGAGCAUGAUGAAGUUCUCAUGGAGUCCCUGACGCAGUUCCUGGGCUGGUCGGUGCUGAACACGGACACCUACGACAAGAUGAACAAGCUGGAGAACCGCAAGGACAUUGCUCAGGACAUGGUGCUGUACCACGUGAGAUGCGACAAGGACGAGAUCCAGGCCAUCCUGCCCACGAGAGCGCGCCUCGGGAAGGAGCCUGCAGACUGUGAGGAGGACGAGCUGGGGACGCUCUUGAGAGAAGAGCUGCCAGGUCCCUCCAAGUUCGACAUCUACGAGUUCCACUUCUCAGACCUGGAGUGCACAGAGCUGGAGCUGGUCAAAUGUGGCAUCCAGAUGUACUACGAGCUGGGUGUCGUCCGCAAGUUCCAGAUCCCACAGGAGGUGCUGGUGCGCUUCCUUUAUUCCGUGAGCAAAGGGUACCGGAGAAUCACCUACCACAACUGGCGCCACGGCUUCAACGUGGCUCAGACGAUGUUCACGUUGCUCAUGACCGGCAAACUGAAACGCUACUACACCGACCUGGAGGCCUUGGCCAUGGUGACGGCCGGGCUGUGCCACGACAUCGACCACCGGGGCACCAACAACCUGUACCAGAUGAAAUCCCAGAACCCCUUGGCCAAGCUUCAUGGCUCCUCCAUCCUGGAACGGCACCAUCUGGAGUUCGGGAAGUUCCUGCUCUCAGAGGAGACCCUGAACAUCUACCAGAACCUGAACCGGCGCCAGCACGAGCACGUGAUCCGCCUCAUGGACAUCGCCAUCAUCGCCACCGACCUGGCGCUCUACUUCAAGAAGAGGGCGAUGUUCCAGAAGAUCGUGGAUGAGUCCAAGAACUACGAGGACCGGAAGAGCUGGGUGGAGUACUUGUCCCUGGAAACCACCCGAAAGGAAAUCGUCAUGGCCAUGAUGAUGACAGCAUGUGACCUUUCUGCCAUCACCAAGCCCUGGGAAAUCCAAAGCAAGGUGGCUCUUCUGGUGGCGGCUGAGUUCUGGGAGCAGGGUGAUUUGGAGAGGACAGUGUUGGAUCAGCAGCCCAUUCCCAUGAUGGACAGGGAGAAAGCAGCCGAGCUCCCCAAGCUGCAGGUUGGCUUCAUCGACUUCGUGUGCACAUUCGUGUACAAGGAGUUUUCCCGUUUCCACGAGGAGAUCCUGCCCAUGUUUGACAGACUGCAGAACAACAGGAAGGAGUGGAAAGCCCUGGCCGAUGAGUAUGAGACAAAAGUGAAGGCCCUGGAUGAGGAGAAGAAAAAGGAGGAGAGGCAGACAGCCAAAAAAGGGGGCAUGGAGAUCUGCAACGGAGGCCCCGCGCCCAAGGCCUCCACCUGCUGCAUCCUGUGAGCUCCCGUCCCGCAGGGGCUCCCUCACCCCACAGGCCCAGCCGGGACUCGGGUUCUGCCUCCAACCAGAUGGAACAAGAGGUUAGGAAGCCAAG